UAAUGGACCUCAAGGUGAGUUAGAGGGCGACCCGGAAGUGUAGAGGUUGGCGGGAAAAUGAGAGCCCUUUCCGGAGGGAAAAUGGAACUUUAGAGCAGCAUCAGAAUUCAGAAGAAUUGUUCGCUUCGUUUGUUCGUGCUACAAUCGUCGUCUUGAUAGGUUAGGCGAUAAUGGCGCAAACAGAAACCCUAGGUGUACUUGAAGAUAUUGAAUCCCUCGUUUCGGAUAAGCUCCAAGUGGUAUCUUACAAAUGGCUAAGCCGCAAUUAUAUGGUGUCAUCUGAUGCUGCGAAGAGGUUGCUUCAGGAGUUUGUUCAAAAGCAUGGAACUGGAUUUGAAGUGAUAUACAAGUUGUCUGGCUGGUUAAAGAGUACUCCUCCAAGUUACCAUGUAAGACUUGUUACUGGGCCAAAGCUUGCAGAAGCACAAAAGGAAUUUGAUGGUAAUUGCUCAGUUCAGGUCUAUAGCGUGCAAGCUAGCAUUCCAAAGGAUCCAGCCGUGCUUUGGAAUGCAGAAUUUAUUCAAGCAGAGGAGCUCUUCAAGCAGGCUUCCUCAGUAGAUAAUUGUCUGAGAGAUAACAGGUUCUGUGGUAUUUCAAAUUCCUUUGUUCGACGGAAUGCAGAUAGCACACAAUCGUUUCCUGCUGCUCAACAGGCAAAACCUGCAGCAGGCCUGGGUAUACAGGAAUCCAUUCCAAAAGUUUCUGCCCAAUCACAUAAUGUGGUGAAAGAUGUCAAAAGUGAAAGCCAUAGUACAGUAAAUACUAGAACUUCUGGGCAUGCCAAUAAACCUGAAGAUAAAGAAAAGGCCUUCUUCCCCUUGCCCACAGGCAAAAAGAAAGUGCAAGCUGAAAAGAGCUCUGCUGCUGGAGGUUCAUUGGCAAAUUUGUGGGGUCGUGCAUCUGCAAAAUCUAAGCCUUCCUCUGUUCCUGUAGAUAAUAGUAAUGCGGUGUCAAAUUCUAUUGUUGCUAGUGCAGAUGCCCAAAUUAGUGCUCGUGAAGAAGGAGACGGUGGUAGCAGCGAUAAUGAUAGUCAAGAUUUUACGUUAAGGAAAUCAUCAGCCGGUGAACGUUCCAGGAAAAGGAGAGUUGUCCUUGAUUUCUCAGAUGAAGAUGAGGAAGAUGUUAUUAGUCUAGCAUCACCUGAGUUACCAAAAGGGCAGACAUCUCAGGAUCACAAACAUGAUGAUAAAGGUUCAUUAGAGAAUGGCAUUUCAAACAACAUGCAGACUGACAAUAUGUGCAAGGUUAAGGAAGAGAACACAAACCAAUCACCAAGAGAAGACGGUUCAGUUAUCAGCAAGUGCACAAAUAUUGGGAAGUCAUCUGCUGACAAGACUCAUAGUGGUGCUCCUGAAGUUAGUGUAAAUAAUAAGGAUAAUCUUGAGAAUACUGCUCCUUGUUCACCUAAAAGGAGGAAAGUGCUCAAGACAAGGAUUGAUGAACGUGGGAGAGAAGUGACCGAAGUUGUCUGGGAGGGGGAGGAAACAGAAGCAAAGAAAGCUGAUAAUGCUCCCGUAAAGAAAGAUGACAAAGAUGCAUCCACCACUACUGUCAACAGGGCUCCGGCAGCUAAGAAGUCAUCAGCCAAUGCCACUUCUAAUCCUACUGGGAAAGGAGGAAACCAUAAAGUGGGAAAGUCGAAGGAUCCUAAACAAGGCAAUAUUCUUUCAUUCUUCAAGAGGGUUUGAGAGUUCUAGAUAGAAUCGUCACACCGAAGAGACUGUUCUUUCAGCAGAGGAUGAUUCUCAGUGCAAGUCUCUUGAUGAUUGUGCCGUUUUGCAGUCUUCUGAUCUGUUUCUCUAUGUUGGUUGCUAGUUUCGGUGGAAUCUGAAAGUAGGAUAGCUGAUAUAUCUUUGUUUUCUAGUACAAGUUGAUGUGUAUGGUUUCCUUGCACAUUUUUGAUGUAACAGAUACAUCGAAUUCCCAUGUAAGUGUGUAGUUGUUCGCAAUCCAGUAGUUGUCAAUGACCCAA